CCAAUGUUGCAGAUUUGUGAGUUAUCAGAGUUCCAGGCUAAAUAUGGCUGCGACUGACAGCUCAGGGCGGUCUUCAAGUCCUGUCAAAGUCGGCUUUAACUUAAACAAAACGUCGGAUAAAUGGAAACGUCACAUAGUCCUGCAGCUCAGACAUCGGGACAAGACUCAGAAGUUUAUGUUCCAGGAUGUUAUAAACUCGUAUAUCAAACUGCUAGACAGAUCCAACCAGAAAGCUCAGUUUACACAAGGCUUUCAAAAAGAGGCGCUAGGCCUAGGUGACAGCAGGCAGCCACCAAGAACCAUAUCAUGCGACUCCAAAGAGCUAAUGCUUGCCAGACAUCAGGAUAUAGUGACAGAGCUUCGGAAGACUGGGGGAGAGUUAGCUUACCAGAUUGUGGAACUGAAUCAGAAGGCUAAACUCAAAGACACUGUACUGGAGGAGCAACAUAUCAGUUUGUCUGAGCUGAGGAGGCGGCUGGGAGAGGUGGAGGAUGAGUGGAGGAGCCUGCAAAGCCGUAUGCAGGUGGUGGAGGGAGGGAACCAGGCUUUGAAACAGGCGUAUGAUACCCUGCUGCAGCAGCACCAGGAGAUGGAUGAUAAGUAUAGGCAGGAAAAAAUACAAGGCUCCGAGCUGCUGGAGGAUCUUAUUCGAGUGAAGGAGCUGGCUGCUGAGAACAUGAACCACAAGAACGAACGGAGGGCGCGCGCAAAAGAGGCCAGUCUAAGAAAAGAACUUGCCACGGCUGCAAAAAAGGCAGUAAAUAUUGACAUUGGUUUUGAAAAAGCAGAGCCAACUGACUCAGGGGUUCAGGUGGGAGCGUUUCAGGGAGAAGAGAGACAUGAGAGGCGACAGACAAGACCCUUUAGGUAUAAACCUGCCUGCUUAUGUGAAUUUUGUGAGCUUAAAAUAUACUGGAGUGUAAGAGGGAACCCAUCUGUCUGUCAGUUUCAUUUUUAGAUGUAAAGUGCAUGUACUUACCUGU